UGGAAGUGUGGAACGACAUAGGACAAAUUCAAAAUGUCGGAUGACCAACGUCUGCAGCAGCAACAGCAGCAGAACCAACAGAGGAGACACAACUGCUGCCGUCUAUGCUUGGCUCCGGACAACGAAUGUAUAUCGAUUUUAAACAGUUAUGCAGCCGACAAGGAGCCCUUGGCCAGCAAAAUCCAUAGCUGUGUAUCCAUAAAGAUAUCAUCAACGGAUACUUUGUCGUUACGCAUUUGCCACGCCUGCAUAAGUUACCUAAAUUCAUGGCAAUCAUUUAAAAAUCGUUGUUUAUCUGCACAAAAUAAACAACGUUCCUGGCUAGAUGGUGGCUGUUCAUCACCACAAAAGACAACAAAAUCAAAUGCUGAACAACAACAAGCAGUAUCAGCAGAUAAUCAACAGCACAGCGAUGAACAGCAACAACAACAACAGCAAAAGGAUGAACAAUCAUUGGCCUCCUCCAUAUUGGAGGGUAUAUCAACGUUGAAAAAACGAAAAUCAUUAACAGUCUAUCCUUUACCUGCGGUACAAAUUAAGGAUGAACCAAUGGAUGCAGAUGAUGAAUACAAUAAUACAAAACAAAACGAUGAAUCAGAUGAAAUGGUUGAUCCAACUAUGUUCUUGGAACGUACAGCCGAUGAGGGCGAAGAACCCAUUAUGGAUUCUUCGACAGCCUAUGAUUAUGAUAACAUCAGACCACCUGUUGAUUUACCAGCUGGUACUGUUAUACGCAUGAGUACCAAAGAAGCCGCUUGCCGUGCAUGUAAUUUGAAAUUUUCCACCCGAGCUAAUGCCAGAAGACAUGAGAAAAAUCUGCAUCCACAUUUGUUUGAUACACUGGAAGAGAAUGACACAACGCUGAAUAAACAAACGGCAGCACUGAAUGCUUCAUUGGAAUUGCAGAGAGCUGUGGCGGCUGCUGUUGCUGCCGAUGCCUGUAAACUGACCGGAAGUGGUGUAAUAACACCACAAAAAUAUCGCCAUGAAGUUGUUACCGCCUUCAACAACUCCUGUGAAGUUGGCUACGACUAUGAUAAUCCUGAAAAAUAUCAACACUUACUGACAGACGAAAAAAUCGUAUUCCUCCAACAAAACGAUGAAUUUCUACGCCAAUAUCAGGCAAUGACAUGCCGUUGUUGUAAUCGUUUCUAUACCACCUACAAGAACUUUAUGGCUCACAUGCGUAAAAAGUACCUUACAUUACCGCGUAAUUGUUGUUUCAAUUGCCUGAAACUGAACGAUUCGAAGGCAUUGUUUAUAUCGCAUUUAAAGAAACGCAAUUGUAUAAAUCUGCACAAGGUAUUGCAUAAUCUUAUGUCGAAAAAUGCCAAUUUUGCGGCAGCUGUUAGUGCCACUGUGGCAGCAGCACCCGAGAAACUGAGAGCCAAAGAGCUGUUGGUAAAUAAAAUGUAUGAAUGUAGAUUAUGCCCGAAAACAUUCCGUUUGAAAUUGGAAUUCCGCACCCAUGUCUAUGAUGAGCAUGCCGAGGCCCAACGCAAGGAUAUCAACACAACACAGUGUAGUUUUUGUGGCAUUGAUAUUGAAGAUCCGGCUGAACGUAAACGUCAUUAUAAUAAUAUGGAUUGUAUAGUUACGUUACGUUGUGUUACAUGUGAUACGAAACAUGAAACGCAACAGAAAUUUAUGGAACACGUUCAGGAGAAACAUAUGGCCAAUUUUGGUGAAUCAACACAAUUUGGAAUGGCGAAUGUGGAUAAUUCGCCGGGAAAGUCAUCGAAUAUGGGAGGAGGAAUUUGUGGUGCCUCAUCAACCGAUGAAUCCCGCAAUAGUUUAAAUGUUAGUCUUGUAAAUAUCAGCCAACCGAAAUAUUUUUCACGUAUGCCCCAGGCAUGCCCAAUAUGUGGCCAACAAUAUAAUAACUAUAAUAAUGUAUUGCGACAUAUGGAAUCCAAACAUCCCGAUCAAUUACCGCAAACAUAUAAAUGUGUUAAAUGUGGUCAAGGUUAUCCAAGGCUAUCGAAUCUACGUGAACAUAUGGUUAGUGUUCAUGGUGCAGACAAGGCUCGUCACACUGGAUUUGAAUAUAUUGUAAAUGCUGAUGCUGUGAAGGCGGCCACCGAUGGUGGUAGUUCGACGGGUAGCAACACACAAUAUACCGGGCGUUAUGAUUAUGUUAUGAAGGAUUUAAUGUCGAUAACAAAUGGUGGGACACUGGCUGAUGAUGAUGCCGAAUUUGAAAGUUCCGCGAAGAAAAUGCGUUACGAUGGCCACGGUUCAAAUGGUGGUACACCAACUAAUGCCAGCCCUCGUGAAUGCCCCAUUUGCAAUGCUGUAUUCGCCAACAACAUUGGCCUUUCGAAUCAUAUGCGUUCCCAUCAAAGUGCAGCCAAUAAUAGUUUCACAUCUAGUUCCAAAUCAAUAGGUGGUAAUAGUUUAUUGCAUUCGACUCUCUCAUCAUCCGGAGGACCCCAGGCAAUCCUUAAGAAAUCCCUAGAACAGGCUGCCGAUCGACGAUUCCGUAGAAUGCGCUGUCGCAUCUGUCAGAGACGUUUCUCAUCGAAGAAAUCGUAUCGUUAUCAUAUGUUAAAUGAUCAUCAGAUACGUAAUGUUCAGUUUAUCAAAUGUAAACUGUGUGAUGCUGAAUUUGCCUAUGAGAAGGGUCUGAAGGUGCAUAUGUUUAAGAUUCACAACACUUUGCUGAAGGAUGAUAUGAUCAUUAAACAAUAUGAAUGUGAAAUAUGUUCUAUUGUUUAUCGUACCGAUGUUGAGUUGCAACAUCAUUUGGCCAAUGUCCAUAAGAAGCAGGGAGUUGCGGAACGUAGUGUUUCAAACGAUGGUGAUGACUAUAAUAUGGAUGAAUCGGUUGGCGGUGGUGGGGCAGAUGCUUCGGCAGCUGAUUUGUCUGGUAUAUCUACUCCCGUUAGUGUUAGCGGCGGAGGUGAGGGCAGUUCUGGCCCGCUGUAUUGGUAUCAAUGUAAAUAUUGUCCCUCCAACUUUAAUACCAACAAAAAAUUGGCCAUACACAUUAAUUCCCAUGAUGAAUUUGAUUCCAAUGAUUAUUCCUGCAAGGAUUGUGGCAAUGUGUAUAGUGGACGUAAAAGUCUUUGGGUACAUCGUUAUAAAAAACAUCCUCAAAUACCCGAACCAUCUGAAUGUGUUUUAUGUAAAAAAGUCUUCUUCGACAGUCAAAUGUUGGAUCAUCACAUACCGACAUGUAAUCGAAAACCCAUUAAUUCAGCUGCUAAUGAAGGUGUCGCUGGCGGUGCACAACAGUCUUCUGCCUCGUCGGCUAUUUAUAAACACAAAACCGGCGAUGAUGAAGACGACGAUGAUGAUCAUUCACGCGAUGCUCCCGAUGCUGAUACGAUAUCCACAAAUUUACAGCAAACAGCAGCUGCUGGUGGUAGUAUGAAAAUUAAACUACCAGAAGUUGCCUGUACAAUAUGUGGUGCCCGUUUCACAGAUCAGGAACUCUUCGCCAAGCAUAUACAAAUGCACGAACAAGAGCUGUAUACAGAUAAUCCUCUGGCGGCAAUGUUCGACACCGGUCCGGCCGAUCCCAAUCAAUUUUAUAUGGAUCGGGUUAAUGACAAUGGCGAGUACGCAUGUGAUUUGUGUUCAAAGACCUUUACACAAAUGACAGCAUUUAAAGUACAUAGGAAAUGGCAUUUCAGAGGUGAUAACAAACAGAACGAUGCCGAUCAUCUAUCAGCGAAUCAAGUCCACAACAACAACAACAACAACAGCCUGCCGCACAGCAAAUCAGCACAACAGAAUCAACACCACCAGAAAUCGAACAACCAUCAACAUCUACUGGGAUUACAAGCGGUGGGUUUAAUGCCGCGACAUUCGAUCAAUUCUUCAACGUCGCAUGUCCUGAACCGAUCCCAGAAACGCAAACGAGAACUUAAAUGCCAAUAUUGUCCGUCCACAUUUAUUAGCAAUAACAAUUUACGUCGCCAUCUCUUCGAGUUGCAUAAGAACGAAAUUGGCAAUCUACCCGAACCACCGAGAAUUGAAUGUGAUCCACCGAAUAUGUGUCGUAAGUGUAAUGUCAAAUUUGAAUCGAAAGCCGAAUGGAUAGAACAUAAAGUGGGUGAGGCCAGGGUUAUGAAACCAUUUGGACCAUUUCAAUGGGGUUGUGAUUUGUGUGGUGCCUAUGUGUCACGCAAAGAGAAACUUAUUAACCAUCUGCAUAAUCACAUGAAGGAGCAGGUGAUAGUUCCUGUCGAAUAUAAUGAAGCCGGACAACAGAAACCUCAGCCGCAACAAAACAACGAUAAUUCAGAACAACAGCAAAAUCAAUCCGCCCAUGAAGUUCACGAAUUUAAGAAGAUUAAAUUACCUGGCCUGCAGCAACAAAAGCCCAUGGUUCAAAUGGAGGAUGAUUCCCGCGACAGUGCCAACAAAGACCAAUAUGAACAUGAUGAUGAUGACGACGAAGAUGGCGAGGACAAUGAAAGAGAAGGACAUGUGUCAAGUAACAACAAUAACAAUGACAAUGAAGAAGAAGAAUUGGAAGAAGAAAUACUGGAGGGUGAAUUCGAUGAUUUAGCUGUGGGUGCCCAACAGACUGUUGGUGGCGAAGAAGAUGAAGAAGUAGAUGAGGGCGAUGAUGAUGACGAUGUCGAUGAAGAUGAUCAUGCAGCGUUGAGGCAAAGAUCAGCACCACCAAACGUUCAACAAUCAAAAGCGCAAAUGCAACAACAGCAGCCAACACGUCGUACAAACGAUUCCGAAAUGGAUGAUGAAGAUGAUGAUGACGACGACGAUGAUGACAAUGAUAGCGAUGAGUUUGACGAUGACGAUGAUGCCUCAUCAACGGAAAAUCGUAAACCCAAUAAUGUUGUUGCCAAUGCCGUUGUUAAAUCCCGUUUCUCCUGUGAUCUCUGCCAAGUGUAUUUCGAUUCUCAGCCCGAGCUGCAGAAACACGUUAAAAUGCAUUUUCUCAAUGGUCCCGGUUCCGUGACAUUGACCGGCAUUAAAACCUCCAAAUCAUCCUCAUCCUCUAACAAGAGUCGCAGCAGUAGCAGUGAUGUUUUAGCAGUCACCUCAUCAUAGAGCAUACAAGAAAUCAUCGUA